UGGAUAACCAAACGGUCCCAAGCCUCUAGCUUCACUCUUGGGAAAGAGACUAGGGUUGAGUAGUGACAAUUCACUCAGUCAUCCCUCUUCGUCAGCACUUUUCCCAUCCGAAUCCGGGAUUACAGUGGUAACUUCAAACUUAUUCCUCUGUCCUUUUCCCCAUCUCCGUACCGUCUCCACCAUGUUCUCCAGAACCAAAGAGACACAACAGACCGAUGGCACAUCCCUCAAAGGCACACACAGCGCGGGCGAAGAUGGCCAGUUGCGUCGAUCCAUCACCGGCCACCCCAGUAACCUCUCUGCAACACAGGAAGAUGCUCUGCAUAAGUUCCGUGAAGAGAUCGCUGCGGCGGGGCUCUACGUUCCACGAUCCACUCCUGAUGGACGGCGUGCCAGUCACACGGACGUAGCGUUACUGCGUUUCUUACGCGCUCGGAGAUUCGACGUGGGCAAGGCGAUGAAGCAGUUCACCGACGAAGAAAAUUGGAGACGCAAGUACAAUGUUGAUGAACUGUACCUCAACUUCCCGGUUGACGAGAUGGAGGCAUCGAAGAAAUUCUAUCCUACGUGGACGGGGCGCCGCGACCGAAGGGGUCUGCCGAUAUACGUAUAUCGCCUUGCCGAUCUCGACUCAGCUCGCCAAAAGGAACUCUCGGUUGUCUCAUCAGACCGCCGUUAUCAGCGCAUAAUAGCGCUGUACGAAUACAUGCUGCAAGGAGUCCUCAAUCUUUGCGCUGCCCUUGCAAAGGACACUCCCUCCGCAAUUAACAGUGCUUCAGGCGUAACAUCUUCACUACCCCCAUCCCAAGUUUCCUCCGUUAGAACGAUGGUGGAUUUAGCCGGUGUUUCAUUAUCACAACUCUGGAACAUCCGUUCCCACCUCCAACAAGCUUCGAAUCUAGCCACCGCUAACUAUCCCGAAACUCUCAACUCCAUUUUCGUCCUCAAUGCCCCCGGUUUCUUCCCUACAGCAUGGAAUUGGUUCCAAGGCUUUUUCGAUCAAGGGACGCGUGAGAAAAUUAAAAUCCUAGGAAACCCUUCCAAGGAUCCGUCAACCUUGGAUGUAAUGACACGAUACAUCGCGAAAGAGAAUAUACCCAAAGCAUACGGUGGAGACCUUGAUUGGACGACAGGCGAUGAUCCCAAGUUUGAUGAACCCACGGGAGAGUGGCUGAGGGAUAAUAUGAAUCUCAAUGUUAUUCGUGGACCACUCGUUAUCGAUCCGUGGGGGGAUGUGAUGGAUGGGAGAGCGGCGAAUAGUGACGCUGGUAGUUCGGUAGGCGACAGUGGUGUUGGGAUUGGAGGGAUUGGGGCAGGUGGUUUAAGUUUAGAACUUGAACCGCCCAGCCCCGGACCCGUUGAGGGAAUGGAUAAGGGCCCGGAGUUGCUUGUCCCCUCCGGGACUCGUCUUUGAACUGUGGUUUUUUUUUUUCGCAUCUCUACUCGAAAUUGUUUUCUUUGUUUUUUUUUCGUAAGGGAAGAAUGUCACGAUGCUCAUGUUACCUGUUGCUUUCCCCCUGGUUCCUUGCAUGAUGUGAACACUCUCCUCUCCUCUCCCGCUGGUCAUGCAUGCCCAUCCCAGAAAACAACAACCCUUUCACCGUCCAAUCCCAAUCCAUUACUAUUCUCACCUGACUCUACUAGUAGCAUCAUACAAUCAUCUGGAGAUCAUAUUACGCGUGUUUGAAUCAUACACACACGAAACGACGUACUAGCUUACAGCAGGGGACAGAAAAAUCU